AUGGACCAUCAGGGCGCAGGUUUCGCCUUUGACACCAACAUGGAUUUCAGCAACAUGUUUGCGACGCCGCAGCAGCAGCAGUCGUACACGCCAGCGGAUAACACUUCUGGCUUCUUCUUCGCUGACGAGGGUAUCGAUACUUCUGCAUCAUCAUCUUUCAUUGAUCCGGCUGUAUUCGAAACCAACCCUCAGCAGUGCACAAUGCAACAGAGUCUGACCUUGGAUGACACCUCGGCGACCCCAGCGUGGAUGGCACAGCUCACACCUGAUAUGCAGCUCCAACAUACCGCGAAGGCAUACCCACCUACACCACUUCACUCAUUUGAUGCCAUGCCUACGCAGUUUAAUGUGCUUGGCAAGCGGCCGCUGCAGCUUGAGACGCAGGACUACCCUCAAUCUAAGCGUCACGCAAGCUUUGAUUUCCCAUUAUUCCCAACACCUCCUGCAACAACGACAUCCAGCUGGGGUCUGGAGGCGACCCCGCCCGUGGCCGUAGAAGGUCUUCCAGAUGAGGCAGCCGAUGUCUGCGCAACGUGGUUCCAUAAAUACAAUGUGCUGCCCAGCGAUAGGCACAUCGACUCACUAAGCCAGCUCACCGGUGAGCCUGCAGAUGCCAUCCGAAGCUGGUUUGGUCAGCUCUUGAAGCAGGGCAUGGGUGGCAACCAGAGCGAUUCGGCCUACAAGUCCCAAACGGCACUCAUCCAACAAGACCGGCAGCAGAAGCAGCCAGAACUCUUUUGGGAUGAUCAGUCGUACCAAACAGAGCUUUCGGGGGCAUACACUGCUUAUGGGAACACGAUACAACAAGCACUUGGAGAGACGGUCACCCCCGGCUCGUCACCAAAUUGCGACAAUACUACCGUCACCAUACAGCCAGUCACCACACGGGGUAAGAAACGGUGCACACCUACCGAAGACCUGGAGUUGCUCGGUAGGGAUCCCAGAAAAAUUUACCAGUGCACUCGGAAAUGCGGCAAGCGGUAUGGCCGUAAGAAUGACUGGAAGCGGAAUGAGGAAGAAGGUUACCCAUGCAAAUCAUGGGUCUGCAGCCUGUGUACAGUCGGGGGUGUCGAUAACGUUCGACCGUGCUUCAGAAAGUACCACUUUGUCCAGCAUUUCCGCAAUAUCCACCCCGAGAUGAAUGCGGAGGACUUCGACGAGGCCAGCACCGUGUACUCCGAGACCGAAUUCCCACGCAAGUGUGGAUUUUGCCGACAUCGCUUCGAGACGAGACAAGAACGAAUAGAUCACAUUGCGGAUCACUUCAAGCAAGGCAAAUCUAUGCUUGACUGGCGCGACGAGGAAGACAACGACAGCCUCGAUUCCGCAGACGACGACAAUGACGACGGGCCAGGCGAUGGCGGCUUCGGUGGCAAGCCUUCCCCUCAACCGCCUUUCCAUCCACAGGGUGACGGUGGCUCCAAACACACUGGCUCGGGCGGCAGCGGCGGCUCUGCAGGCCAGUCAUCAAGCGGCGGAUUCUUCCAAUUCCAGCUCUCACAACUCGGUGAGAGCCAGUUGUAUUGUGCGGACCAACUUAUCAAACCCACUACACUUUCGCCGAACAUCUCUCAGUCAUCGAUCUCACCUGAGAGGGAUGCAACAGCAUCGCUCGGCGUCUCAAGUGACCAGCAACUACUGCAAGUCAGCCACAUUGCGACAGAGGAAGAACACAAGAAUGCUCUGGCCGGCGAUGUGCUCUCCCAGUCCGUGAGGAGUGUACUCCUGAACUCAUCCUCAGGCAAAAUACGUCCAUCAACGACGUCAUUCCUAAGUGUCAAGCUUCUGGGCUCCGGUGGCUUUAGUACGGUCGACGAAGUCGUACAUCAGCAAACGGGACUCCACGUCGGUCGCAAGACACUCAAGAACCGUGACCAGAACGCGAUUGCGGAGCUCAAGAAGGAAGUCAGCGUUCUUCAGAAGCUUCGCCACCCUCACAUCAUUCGAUUCCUUGGGGCCUAUUCCAGAGGCGACAAGAUGUCGAUCCUCCUCUCACCCGUCGCGGAGACAACACUUGCAGGAUGGCUGCAGCGAACAGCGCUACAGAAGCCUGCCAACCUGCCAGAGACUAUUACCAAGAUGUUUGGCUGUCUUGCCUCGUCAGUGAGGUAUCUCCACGAGCAGCGACCUGUUGUCAAGCAUAUGGAUAUCAAGCCUCAGAACAUCUUGAUCGUAGAAGGCGAUCAGGAAUUCCCACACGUCGUGCUCAGCGACUUUGGUGUCAGCUCCGCAGAAGAAGUGGGCGACGACCAGCGCAAGCCGCUAACACGUCAAUACAUCGCCCCUGAAGUCUUUGAGGGCUUUACUCGCAAGCAGGCAGCUGACAUAUGGAGUCUUGGUUGUGUCUUCGCCGAGAUGGCGUCUGUAUCGUUCAGCCAAUGCAACACGGGAUGGUUAGCUUUCCGCAAGACAUUCAGCGGUCGUACUGGCAAGCACUACUGGCAGGACGUCUCCGGUAUACAAGACAAGCUUGCCGCAUUCCUGACUGAGGCAAAUACUACGACGGAGCAGACCGUUGUGCGUACGCUUCAGACCAUGCUGAGUGCCGAUCCAGAUGAGCGGCCGGACGCACGAUCAUUGACCAUGAUCUUUACUCCCGCACCAUGCUGUCUCAACUGGCCGAACGACAAGGCGACAUACCCUGGUCCACAAGAGGAACUUGGUGGAGUAGAGACGCUUGCUCACCAAGGCGGCGACGAAACCUGCUGCCAUUCCCACGCUCACGGCAAGAACAGCACCGAGUCAGAGCCUAGCCUUUUGAACGCGAAGAGCUGGCUAGACGAGUGUACACACACUCACGAAGCUUGUCACCAUACAGCAGAGCGCGAUGCCAGCAACCUACCCACACGUCUGAUCGAGAUUCUUCCGGGAAGUCCGGGCGAUGCAAUUCGCGCGAGAAUUGUUCAGACCGACAGCCUGAAGUCGUCUACCGAAUAUGUUGCCUUGAGCUACGUAUGGGGCGACAACCAGCCAGUACUCUCCAGCAGCACGCUGUUGAGCAUGCGAAGUGAGCUGCCUCUAGGAACACUCCCGAUGACAGUCGCGAAUGCGAUUGCGACAGCACAUCGCCUGGGCCACAAGUAUUGCUGGCUAGAUUCACUAUGUGUGCUUCAAGAUUCGGAAGAAGACAAGGAACAAGAGUGCACGAGGAUGGCGUCGACCUUCCGUAACGCAGCACUGACAGUCGUACUUGACCAGUUGACCGGCGAAGUGGUCAUGUCGGGCAUACCUGAAAAGAACUACCCGGCGUCCUUACUUGGAUCAGCAAACAGCCCAAGCCCGACUCCAGGUCGACAGCCGGCUUCUGCCUUGCUUCCAGCUGGCAUUCUGACUACACCCAACUUCGGCUGGGAUACACGUGCAUGGGCACUACAAGACCGCCUACUCAGUCGACGCUUCCUCCACUUGGGUGAACAGUUGUACUGGGAGUGCAACACGCUCAAGGCUUCUGAAACCUUCCCCCGCGGUCUCUCAGCACUAGUCUGGGAGAAGGUGCAUACGGAAUUUGACCAAGGUAUACUGUCUACGCCAAUCGCUGCCGCAAAUGGGAAUAGCAAGAGCAGCAAUGCAGUCCAGCUAAUGCUGAACGGCCUCGACGACGACUAUCUGGACAAUCGGAAAGACCGGACCUGCGGUGCCAAACAUGUCUGCUUUUCUGCAAACACCGAGCCGCAUCACGCACUUCCAUUGGCAAUUCCUCUGCGCGAAUGCCAAUCAUCACACAAGCAAGGCGACAGUGUCGUGAAUGGGAUAGAAGGCGACCAAACUCAAGGGUCGAAAUCGAUUUCCAUGUGCCAGUUUCGCAGGAGUGGGAGUAAGACUGGGAGUCGUCGGCUCAACAAAGCGUGUUUUCAGACGAAAACACUACCUGGACAGAACCCAGGUGGAGGGGAAGAUGAAGAGAUGAGUGGUGGAAUUGCGAAUGGGAAUGCAUAUGGGAACGGGAAUGGGAUGACUUAG